UAAAUAUAUUAUUCAUAGAAUUGAUUAAAUCCUAUGUAUUUUAUUAUAAUAAAAAAUAUUCUUACCCGAAGACAAGAGUUUAUGUUCAAAAUAUUUAAAGUGUAUUACAUUUGGUUUCUAUGAAUUAUAUUAAUUUAAGUUUGAAAGAUAUUUGAUUGCUGAAAUGCAUUCUAAUAAACAAUCAAGCCAAGUAAAAGAUGAUGAAGAUUUACUUGAAGAGCUAUUAAAUAAAACAAAUUGUGCUCAUUUACAUUAUAAAGUUCAAGAUUGUAUUUCAACAACAAAAGACUGGAGAAAGUGUCAAGCUGAAGUGAAAGCUUUUAAAGAGUGUAUUGAAAAAAAUAAAAAAACAUCUGAUUUUAAUCAUGUUUGA